UUACCCAUUCCAUAUUUCUUUACCAACAUCCCCUUGCCUAACAUUAAGAAUUGAAGUAACGCUGAAUGAAGCUUUUUGUGUUGUUAAUUGGAGUUUUGGCCUUUACGGUUCUAAAUGUCCAUGGAGGACACAUCAAUUCGACACUGACUCACAGAAUACAAAGCAUCUUAGCUGCUGAGCAAUUCACUGAUAUACCAUUGAACGAUACCCCAUCUUCGCCUCCUCAAGCUGUGUCGGACAUUGAAAUGCAAGCAGAGCGAAUAGUACAUCGUCGACAUGCUCCAAUGUCGAUUAAGAAAAAAGUUGUGGCUGUAAUUUUUGCAUUUCUUCUGUCUGUUUCUUCGUUAUAUCUAUUAGCCGGUAGGCAAUUUUCAAAUCUUAAUAUAACCACUGAUAAAACAAUUAAUUAUAUAAUCAUUGUAUAUGUUGUGUAG